AUGGUGAUAUCGCAAUCCUAUUGGACUCUAUACGGAUCUAACAAGAAAGCCUAUUUGCGAGACAGGCCGGUCGGCGGGAUAACCUCCAAGUGGAAGGGAAGUCCGAUCAAAGAGGGCGAGACUGUUGUGUCGGUGCUGAUAAGACUAGUGGGAGUAGAUGGUAACAAGCUGUCUGUACUGCUAGUCAAAGGAGGAGUGAAGGUCCGAGUGAUGGAGAUCGUAGUGUUGGAGAAAGGUGGAUCACUUGCGGUGAUAACUGUGGUAGAUGAAGAGAGCCCGUCCCUCGAUGUAUCCGACAAAGUGGUGGCUGUUGCGCUACUGCUCGUCGUACCACUAAUUGUUGUCCUAGAGGAAGAACUGGCUGUAGUACUCGUAGUCGAGGCUGGGCUGGUAGGAGUUGGUUCACUUGUCGUCGAGGGCGUGCUGGUCGAAGCCAGGCUAGAAGCGGACGUUUUCGUCGGACUAUUGUCGGCACUGGUGAGAUUAACGGAGGGUGUUGUAAUGCUGCUUCCUGAUGAAAAGGAAAUUGUAGAGGAUGAUGGUGUAGAGAAGUUUGAAGACAAUGUCGAAGAAGGAGAAUUCGAGAACAACAAUGAGGUAGAAGAUAGGGUGGAAGUUGACGUCAACGAAGAAGAAUCUAAGGGUAACGCUGUUGUAGAAGAGAGGGUUGAAGGUAACGCCGAUGAAGUUGUAUCUGAGAAUGAAGACGUGGAAGAGGAGGUUACAGAUGAUGUCGAGGAAGGAGAGUCCGGGGAUGAUGAUGAAGUGGAGGAGAGAGUUGAAGAGGUUGAUGUGGGGGAAGUUGAAGGGCUGAUAGACGUGGAAGUCGUGUCAGAUGUCGUUUGA